AUGUCUUCUAUCACCAUUUCUUAUGGUGAAAAUGGUCCUGUUUUCUGUGGAAUAAAAUCAGAUGGCUCUCAUCUUGUUACUUGCUAUGGGUCCAAUUCGGCUAUUACCCGUGCAGUUUCAGCUCAUCUCCCUUUUAGUGGUCUGACUGCUGGGAAUGGCUUUGUAUGUGGACUUCUGAUGGACUCGAAUCAACCUUAUUGUUGGGGAAGGAGUGGAUAUGUUCUAGUUGGUGUACCUCGGCCGAUGGUUAAGGAUUCUGAAUACUUGGAAAUUAGUGCGGGUGAUCACCAUUUGUGUGGCUUGAGAAAACCGUUGACGGGAAAGGGCAGAAACACUUCUUUAGUUGAUUGUUGGGGUUAUAACAUGACCAAAAGCUAUGAGUUUGAUGGGCAGAUCCAAUCUAUCUCAGCGGGGUCAAAUUUCAACUGUGGCUUGUUUUCUCAAAAUAGAAGUGUUUUCUGUUGGGGAGAUGAGACUGGAAGCGGAGUAAUAGGCCUUAUCCCCAUGGGGACGAGGUUUCAUAAGAUUGCAGCUGGGGGAUUCCAUGUCUGUGGGAUACUGGAGGGUGUGGAUUCUCGUGUCUUCUGUUGGGGGAGCAUGGACUUGGACGGAGAGAUCUCUGCAUCUUUAGUGGAUUCUGGCCAACUUAAUGUGGAUGUGACACCGAAUGAUCCAAUGCUUUCAGUUGUCGGGGGAAGAUUCCAUGCUUGUGGAAUCAAAAGCUAUGAUCAUGAAGUGGUUUGUUGGGGUAAUCGUGUUGAGAGAAGUACCCCUACUCCGAAUCAUGUUAGGUUCUAUGAGAUUGCCGCAGGUGAUUACUUCACUUGUGGGGUUCUCUCUGAUGCAUCUCUCCGACCAGUUUGUUGGGGAGCUGGAUUUCCAUCCUCUCUGCCACUAGCUGUUUUGCCCGGACCUUGCAAGCAUGAACCUUGUACAUCUGAUUUCUAUGAGUUUAAAAAUGGAAGUGCUCGUUGCAACAUUUGCUUGCGCUGUAGCAAUGGCUGCCCUAAUGAAAUGUACCAAGUUUCUGCAUGCACUUCGAUUUCAGACAGACAGUGCAGAUACAACUGUUCAAGUUGCAUAUCACGCAAGUGCUUCUCCAACUGUUCCGAUACUACUGGUAAUGGGAAGAAGAAUAGAAAAUUUUGGUCACUGCAGCUUCCUGUCAUUGUUGCAGAGAUAGCCUUUGCUGUUUUCGUGGUGACUGUUGCAUCUUUGACUUCAAUUAUAUAUGUUCGUUACAAGUUAAGUAACUGUAGAUGCUCGGGAAGAGCUUUUAAGUCCAAGAAAAACAGCGAAAUUGGUUCUUUCCGGAAAGAGAGUGGGAAAAUUCAGCCAGACUUGGACGAGCUUAAAAUUAGGAGAGCUCAAAUGUUCACCUAUGAGGAACUUGAGAGAGCUACUAGUGGAUUCAAGGAAGAAUCACAGGUGGGAAAGGGUAGUUUUUCGCGUGUCUUUAAAGGGGUGUUGAAAGAUGGCACUGUAGUUGCAGUGAAAAGGUCUAUUAUGUCUCCAGAUUUAAAGAAAGAUUCGAAGGAGUUCCAUACUGAGCUAGAUUUGCUUUCGAGUGGUCGAAAAGCCAUUGACAUGCAAUAUGAGGAAGGGAAUAUAGUUGAAUGGGCUGUCCCUUUAAUCAAGGCUGGUGAUAUACUAGCCAUUUUGGAUCCCGUUUUGAAACCCGCGAGUGAUCUUGAAGCUUUGAAACGAAUUUCAAAUGUAGCUAGCAAAUGCGUGAGAAUGAGAGGCAAGGAGAGGCCAUCUAUGGAUAAAGUGACAACAGCUUUGGAGCGUGCACUUGCACUCUUGAUGGGUAGACCAAGCAACGAGCAACCUAUUUUGCCAACUGAGGUAGUUUUGGGAAGUAGUAGAUUGCAUACCAAGUCUUCUCAAAUAUCUUCAUACCGGUCGACCUCAGAAACAGAUGUCGCAGAAAAUGAGGAUCAAAAAUUUGAAUUCAGAGCUCCCUCUUGGAUUACUUUUCCUAGUGUUGCAUCCUCUCAGAGGAGGAAAUCGUCAGUUUCAGACGCUGAUGUUGAUGGAAAGAACUCGGAAGCAAAAAAUGCAGGAAACAGCACGAGUGGAGGCGAAGGUUUGAUAAGUUUAGAAGAAGAAAUUGGACCAGCUUCUCCUCAAGAACACUUGUUCUUGCAGCACAACUUCUAG